AUGUUAGAGUCCUUCCUGACGCAUUCCUACGACUACAUCGUCAUUGGCGGCGGCACUGCUGGUCUGGCUGUUGCCUGUCGGCUCGCGGAAGAUGCAUCCCUCAGGGUAGGCGUCCUGGAAGCUGGCGGCAUUGCCACCGGCCAAGACAACGUCGACGUCCCCGCCUUCUACGGGCGUUCCCUCGGUGGUCCGUUGGAUUGGGCCUUUGAGACGGAGCCGCAGCAUGGUUUGGGCGGGAGGAAGCUUCGGUGGCCGAGGGGAAAGGUGUUGGGGGGAACCAGUGCCCUGAACUUCAUGACGUGGGUGAGAGGCAGCAGGGAGGAUUACGAUGACUGGGCGGCAUUGGGAAAUGAAGGCUGGGCCUGGGAUGAUUUGCUCCCAUUCUUCAAAAAAUCAGAGACAUUCCACCAGCCAAACCAAUCCCUGAGAGAGGAAUACACGGCCACCCACGAACCCGAGGCCUUGGGCACGACCGGUCCCAUUCAAAUCUCAUACUCUCCUGAUUAUUCGCCCUCUCACAAGCUGUGGCACUCGACACUCAAUGCCCUGGGCAUCAAGACCAAUUCCGCCCAUCUCGCGGGGUCGAAUGUCGGAGUGUGGACGAAUGUGAAUACCGUGGACCCGACAACGGCUACUCGAAGCUAUUCCACUAGUUAUUGCAGGGCACGGCAGCCCGACAACUUGCAUAUACUGACAGAAGCCACGGUGCACGAGAUUCUCCUCAGCAAAGAUGGCGCCGGGGAUGAGUGUGGCUUCGUGGCGACCGGGACACGAUUCUCCCACGGCGGCAAAGAGUACGUGGUCAAUGCGGCAAAGGAGGUGGUUUUGUCAGCUGGCACGGUGCAGUCUCCUCAGAUCCUGGAGAUGUCGGGCAUUGGAAGGCCAGAGGUGUUGAAAAGGGCCGGUGUCGCUACCAAGGUCGACAGCCCGAUGGUGGGAGAGAACCUGCAAGACCACAUCAUGGUGGCCAUGAUAUUUGAGGUCGACCCCUCGCUGCCGAACCCGGACGAUCUUUUGACGGACGAGACGAUCGUCCCGGCCGCGAGGGAGCAGUACAUACGCGAGCAGAGAGGACCCUUUACGAUUCUCCCCUGCGCACUCGCAUACGUGCCGUUUUCUCGGACGGUAGCGCCAGACGUGCUCGCAGAGAUGCACGCCAAAUCCGCCAACGUCACGGCGCACGAUGCGCAAAAACGCUCCAUUCUGCAAAAACGCCUCGACGGCACAUCGACCCUCGGCCAGGUCGAGUACCUCUUUGACCUCGGCAACUGGAGCACCACGUUCAGCGGGGACGCGGGCAAGAAGUACGGCACCAUGCUCCAGAUGCUCCAGCACCCCUUCUCCGUAGGGUCGAUUCACACCCGGCCCGGGUCCGCGGGCGAUGCGAAGCCCGUCAUCGACCCGGCAUACUACGCCGGCCCGCACGGCCAGCUCGACGCCCAUGUCAUGCGGGCGUGCAUCAGGUUCGGACAGAAGAUUGCCCAGACGCAGCCUCUGGCGGGCAUCAUCCGCGCCGCCGCAAAUCCCACAGAAGACGUCGUGGGCGACGACGCCCGGCUGCGGGACUGGGUCAGGCGACACACCAUGACGGACUGGCACCCUGUCGGGACGUGUGGCAUGGGCGGAAGGGCAGGCAUCAAGGGGGGCGUGGUCGACGAGAGGCUGAAGGUACACGGCGUCAGGGGGUUGAGGGUUGUGGACGCGAGCGUGAUGCCGCUGCAGAUCAGCGCGCAUUUGCAGGCGACUGUGUACGCCAUUGCCGAGAAGGCCGCGCACAUGAUUCUCCAAGAUGGGGCGACGAGGCGAGGUGAGAGGUGA